GGAAAUUUAAGUGGCCUCAUCUGUAUUUCAGAAACUGAAAUUCAGAACUUUCCCAGAAGAAAACUCUAAGCCCAGAUGGCUUCACGGGUAAAUUUUAUCCAACAUUUCAAAAAGAAACGAAUGCAAAUACCCAGAAAACAGAGGAGGAGGAAACACUUUGCAAGUCAUUUUAUAAGGUCAGUAUGACCUCGAUAGCAAAACCAGGCCAAGGCAUUACAAGAAGAGGAGACACAGAUCAGUUCCCUUCACAAACAUAGAAAACACUUGACAAAGUAUCAGCAAGUUGAAUCCGGUGCACGUUGAAAGGACAGUGCGCGUCACCAUGAGAAAACUGGCAGAUGACUUGGCCCAAGACUGGAGCCAUGGCACCCAGAGGGUUUUCCUGGGCCUGGAGAGAACUGGGGUUUAAAUGGAAAGAACUGGGGUUGAAGUGCAGUGGGGCGGGGGAGGGGCAGUGGGCAGUGCCGCCUCUUUAAGACGACAUCACAAGGCCCAGAACUCGGGGUCUGGGCGCCACCUGCAUGGGCUGAGCUCAAGUCCUGGCCAUGGCUGAGGGGAGCGAGCUGAUGGACAGGCUGCUGAGCGAGAAUGCCGACCUGAAGAGGCAGGUGCGGCUGCUGAAGGAGAACCAGAUGCUAAAGCGCCUGCUGAGCGAGAGCUGCCCCGAUGGCAGCCACGGGGCCCGCGACAGCCUGUUGGCCAAGGCGCCCGUCCACACCGAGGGCUGCUCCCUGGGCACCGCAGUUCCAGCGUUUGGAAGGUUCACCGGCAUCCCUGACGUGCCCCUCCAGCUGCAGACGUCCUCCCUGGAGGACCUGCUGUGCUCACAGGCCCCCCUCUCCAGCGACACCUCCUCCCCCGGCUGUGUGACCUCCUCCCAGGUGCCCUUCAAGGCUUUCCUCAGCCCCGCGGAGCCCCGUGCACCUCAGAGCCCUGACCGGAAGCUGUCCCCACUGCUGAGCCCUUUGCAGGACCCGCUGGUGGACAAGAGCCUGCUGGAGCCCAGGGAGAUGGUCCGGCCCAAGAAGGUGUGCUUCUCGGCAAGCAGCCUGCCCUUGGGCGACAGGACCAGGAGGAGUUACUACCUUAACGAGAUCCAGAGCGUCACCAGCGCAGAGAAGGACGGGCGCGUAGUUGGGGAGAUCGCCUUCCAGCUGGACAGGCGCAUCCUGGCCUAUGUCUUUCCCGGGGUGACCCGGCUGUAUGGCUUCACCGUGUCCAACGUCCCCGAGAAGAUCAAGCAGACGUCGGUCAAGUCCCUGGACGGCUCGGUGGACGAGAAGAAGCUGCGCGAGCUGACGCAGCGCUACGUGACGCUGACGGCGCGCCUGGAGCGGCUGGGCUACAGCCGCGAUGUGCACCCCGCGUUCAGCGAGUUCCUGGUCAACACGUACGGCAUCCUGCGGCAGCGGCCCGACCUGCGCGCCAACCCGCUGCACAGCAGCCCCGCCGCCCUGCGCAGGCUGCUCAUCGACGUCGUGCCCCCCAAGUUCCUGGGCGACUCGCUCCUGCUGCUCAACUGCCUGUGCGAGCUCUCCAAGGAGGAUGGCAAGCCGCUCUUCGCCUGGUGAGCCGCCGGCGCCGCCGGCCUUUCCUGCAAUAAACGUGUCUGUUCCAAACCCGGAGGCCGCCGUGCCUCCUGCGCGUCCCCUCCGCCGGCCAGGGAAGGGCCAGCGAGCGAGCGAGCGAGCGCCCAGGGCCGCAGGCAGGCGCCUGGCACCGGAGCGCGCGCCUGUCCCGGUCUGGCCGGCGUGCGAGGCGCCCACAGCCCGCCGGCACCCCC